CAGCCAUUCUGAAGCCCAAUAGGGGCUGUCUUCAUCUCCUCUCUUAUCCAGAAGCUGAUUUCAUCAUAGAAAUGAGUGGUUUUGCUGUAGUUGAAGCUGUAGUGGAGCAUCAUCUUAAUGCAGUGGAGGAAGACUUCUCUGCCAUAAGGGAAAGAGAAGUGGUUACAGCAGAGGUUGAAAUUGUGAUCUCGCUUGGAGCACUGGCGGCUGUCCAUCCAGUGCUGAAAUUCCUCCAUGAAGCAAACUGUGGGUUUUUGUUCCAGAUCAGAAAGGAUGCUACUGUGGAUGAUGCAAUGCUGCGGAAAAAAGAGCAGAAAGAUGUCGAACUGGAUAAGAAAAUAAUGGCUUUAAGGAAAAAGAAUGAAGCUCUUAUGAGACGAUAUCAAGAAAUAGAAGAGGACAGGAAGCGAGCAGAGCAGGAGGGAAUGGCUGUUACCUCAAGGAGAGUCAGGCCCGAUGGUCUCACCAUUACUAUCACCAAAGCCCAUAAUGCGUGUCCCGUUUUCCAGGAGAAAAGAGUUGUGAAUGAGAAAUGGGGAAGCUCUCCUGCCUCUAGUUUUGGGAUUGGGAGUGAGGAAGAGGAAGAAGAAGCUGACCAUCUCUUUACAUUCAGGAUGGGGAAGAGGGUCCAGCUGGCAGUGACCAUGGACAAUAAAACCAAGGGAAAGCGGGUUGUCAGUGAGAAGCGGGGAUCUGAAUGUCUCGUGAGCCCAGGAGAGGCUCCAGAUAUCAGCGAAGAUGAGGUGGAACAGCUGGUUGCUUUCCGCAGAGGAAGAAGGAUGCAGAUUGCUAUUACAGUGGACAACAAAGGCAGGGUGGAGGAGAAGAGAACAGUGGAGAGGAGGUGGUCAGAAGGUGACAAAUACUCCGAAAGCGCCCUCAUCAGAAAGGAGAGAGGGAAAUCUCCCCAGAAGAAUCCAGGGGACAAGGCUUGCACCAUGACCGGAAGAGAACGGUCAGAAUAUGUGCGAUGGAAGAAAGAACGGGAUCAAAUUGACUUGGAGCGCCUGGCACGCCACAAAAAUGCAAAAGGAGAAUGGCGUCGGGCUUGGGAUGCAGAAAAAUCAGAGCGCAUGUUUGAGGAUACUAAGGAUGGGGAACUAGCCUUGGAUGGCCCCCACAGUAAGAAAGGGGGGAAAAAUACCCGGAAGCCCCAGCAUCGACCAAUGCCUUCUGAUGGAAAAGGUGGAGGACAACACAGAAGAAGCACAAGUGAGUCUGCUUCUAGAACCCUGCCAGUCACGAGCAGUAAAGCCAGAGGGAAGGACAGAUUGACUGGCAGAGCUAGAAGAUGGGAUGCAAAGGAGGGUGAAGAAGUGCCUUUUGUGAAGGAUGAAACUGAGAAUCAGAGGUCUGCUCUCAAUGAACAACUGAAAAACCAAGCUCUGGCCAGUGAAACAGUAAAGGAAGAUCUUAGCCCAACAGGAUUAGACCAGGAUGUGAAGCCACAGGAACACAAUGUUUCUAUGCCACCAGUCAUAAGUGACGCAAGUCUGUCUGCAGGUGAAGAGGACCAGGGGAUAAAUGAAAAAACAAGAAGGCAUUCUAUCCAGGAUGUCUCUGCAAUCAGUGUGGAUGAGACUGAGUCAGACUGCAGGCUCAAUAACAAGAUAAGUCAGGAUGCUCUGCUCCCCAAGGUUAAUGGUGUGAUUAGCAACUCUUGCCAUGAAGGUAACCUGCCUGUACAGGAUUCUGAAAAUGUUGCCAAGGAAAUCAGUUCCACAGUCUAUGAAGAUGAUAUACACCAAAAUGCACAUUCUGAAAGAAAUCCUAGCGGUGAAGGCUAUGGAGAAAAGGACCAACUCAAGGCAGAAGUAGGUGAUGGAAGACAGGUACAAGAGGAAGAGACCCAGAUUGCUGGCCUUGAAAAGCAAAUGAUCCAUGAAAAAGAAGGUGAUGCCCCUGUGUUUCUUGUACACAGGGAGGAGUCCAGGUCUCCUGGUAAAGAAAUGCCAGACCAAACUAAUGAAGCUGCAGAAGUUACAAAAAUGAUGAGCAAAGAACAAGACCAAUGUCAACCAUGCAACAACCAGGAAGUAGAAGACUAACAACAAGUAGAAUGCACUGGGCUUCCAAGAGGCUGAAGGGCUACAAGCUAAUCAGGAAAGACUGAUUAGCAAAGAAGAUGAGCACAAUCUCCCCCCUCCCCCCUCCAUUUCCUACAGCCGUGGCCUUCGCCCUCCAGUUCUGGAAUCAAGACACUACGCACUGCAGCUAACACCCGCCCCCUAAACUUGGGAGCCAGCUGGUCUUGAAAGUUUCUAUUUGGUUUUUGGCAUCAUUCCCCCGCCCCCAAGAGCACAUCUCUGUGCCAAAGGACAUAGAAAAUCGGGAAUAGGCAAGUUCCCGGGGAGAAAGGAAAGGAAACGCCGACACCUUUAUUUUACUAACUUUGAUUUUUUUUUUGUGCGCCCCCUUCCUCAUAUAAGCAUGUGACAAGCCAUCAGUUAGAUACUUUAUGCACUUUAUUUUAUUUAAUAAAUUCAUUUACUAAUUUAAAACAUGGGGGAGGGAGCUCUAGCAGUAUAUCACCUUCUUUUUCUCCUGCAUAAGUGGUUGCUUCCAGAAUGAAGCAAUAAGCCUUGCAGAACAUAGUUGUAGUUGAAUUGUAAGUGGCUGGCCAGUUCAAGAAAAUUAAGGAGUUGCCCAGUUAUAAAAGUCAAAGAAGUGGUAGUGUGAUUUUGUUCAAGUGUGACAGAAGUAACGGUACUGGUAGAGCAGGAUUAAAGCUACUGUUUUAUCAUAUUUUUCUUUCCCUUCCAGAGUUUGAAUUUGUUGACUAUCAUUUAAUGCAAGAAACAGUAUUGUUAAAUCUUAAGUGCCUCUUUCCCCAGGCAUUGCAGCAUAGCAGAGCUUGGGGGGUGGGGGGAAUGACUUUUUAAAAUAACAGAAUCUCCUAGCAAACAUGGCCAUCGAUUUGGCAGACUGGCAGAUUCUAAAAAUUAACAUCCAAAAACUAAUUUUUCCAAGCCCCGCAUGAGAGCAAGUGGAUAGCCAUAUAAGAGAUAGUGUUGCACGGAGCAGCAUGGUGUGGCUGUACAAGUAAAGUAUCAGUUCAGUUUCUCGUCUGCAUGGCACCCUCUAUUUGCAGUGUUACCUUCCAUAAAGGUGCACAACUUUUUUGGUAAGACUGUGCUCCUGCUUUAAGACUGUCGUAAUGACCACUAAUGCACAGAUGUUACAAAGCUGCACUAAUGCACAGUUACAAAGCUGCCUUAUACUGAGCCUUGCCUUUGUUCGAUAUAGCCCAACAUUGCCAACCUCUGGCUGGCAGGGUUUCAGGUAGGAUUCUUUCCUAGCUUGACUUGACUGCAUUCCUCUAAAACAGUAUUUCUCAACCUGAGGGUCAUGACCCCCCCCAACUGGGUCACAAAGUCAUCUAGGACAGUCUCCACCACCACCAUCUUGUGGUAGCAAAUCCCACAGUUAAGCAAUGCAGCAUACAAAGAAACAUUUCCCUUUAUUUGUCCUGAACCUCUAGCCAGUUAGCUUCAUGAGAGGGUUCUGGGCCAACAUUAUGGCAGAAGUAGCAAUGGUGCAUAAUUUGCUACCUUUCUCUGAUGUCCUCCCUUGCUUCCCCCUUCCUCUGAAAAGUCCUAUAUGUCACAGCCUUGUUCCCCAGAAGACAUCCAUAUACAUUUAGAACAGGGGUUUUAAACUCAAUUUACCUGGGGGCCGCUAG